AAACAUGACGACAUCAAAUCUUAAAUGGCUUUCCAGCGACCAGGCUCUAGCCGAUAUUGCGUAUUUUAUAGCUACGAUGAAUCAACAAUACGGAUUUGUACAGCCGCGCUGGAUAACUUUUGGCGGUUCAUACGCAGGUAGUUUUACUGUAGUGAGGCAGUUCGUUAAAUCUGUUUACGUUUCAGGAGCGUUGUCAGCCUGGUCCAGAUUGAAAUAUCCGCACUUGAUUACGGGAUCAAUUGCGAGCUCUGGUCCGGUGCAGGCGCAACUAAAUUUUCCAGAGUAUCUUAAAGUAGUGAGCAAUUCGUUCUCUGCAUAUGAUCCGGAAUGCGUCUCUACGCUAAAAUCAGCCAUACUCAAGAUGCAGUCGUUGCUGAAAACAACCGUCGGACAACAGAAGCUGAAACACUGGCUGCGGCUAUGCACGAAGAUUGACCCCGAAGAUCAGCUGAGCACGAUUAAUCUCUACGAAACGAUUGCCGAUAAGUUCAGCGACGUCGUACAGUACAACCAAGUAAACCGUGGCAUCCACCAUGAAAUCCUGACCAUUGAUCGAAUAUGCGACAUUAUGACGAACAAAUCGAUCGUGGAUCCAGUAAUUCGGAUGGGAAAGGCAAUCCAGUACUACCUUGAUUCUUACAACGAACCUUGUUUGGAAUAUGACUAUGGCCAGAUGAUAAAACACCUGAAAAACGUUACGUUUCAGAACGAAGAUAGCUGUAAGUUUUCAUUGAUUUUACAGACAUCGCAGAAUAAAAUAACACUUUGUACAAGCUAGAU